UUCCGAUCAGGAAAAUUCAAGGCAAUGGAUCCCUGUGAAUGUUUUUUCAAUCACGAAUCUUUGAUGCGUCGAAUUCUUUCAAUUCUUCGCGACUCCCAGACCGAUUGCACCGACACGGAAUGCACAACGGGUACCGGAGAUCCUUCGUGUGCCGGUUCAAAUAUGAUGUUAAUUGCUAUGGCUUGGGGAUUGUUUGCAAUGAUGAUGUUCUUUAUGCGACCGGCUUCGAUGCGUUCUGGAGGGAGUAAUACUGAAGAACAGUCAGAGGGCAAACCUUCCGUUUCGUCAUCUAACGAUAACAAUCAACCUCCACCACCUGGCGAUGUCUUCUAG